UGCCCAGCAGCGGUUCAUUGUAGAGUCCAGAUUUGCUCAGAGAAAUCAUGGCUGAAACCGCUCCAGCAGCUGCCGCGACCAAAGCGGCCAAGAAGAAAUCAGCAGCUAAACGCAAGAGAACAGGCCCAAGCGUCGGCGAGCUCAUUGUUAAGGCUGUGUCCGCAUCUAAGGAGAGGAGCGGUGUGUCCCUCGCUGCCCUGAAGAAAGCGCUCGCUGCCGGUGGCUACGAUGUGGAGAAGAACAACUCCCGCGUCAAGAUCGCCGUUAAGAAUCUGGUGACUAAAGGUACCCUGGUCCAGACCAAAGGGACCGGCGCCUCCGGCUCCUUCAAGCUCAACAAGAAACAGGCCGAGACCAAGACAAAACCCGCUAAGAAAGCUGCUCCUAAAGCCAAGAAGCCCGCAGCCAAGAAACCUGCUGUCGCUAAGAAGCCCAAAACUGCAGCAACAAAGAAGCCCAAAACUGCAGCAGCAAAGAAGGCCGCCGCUAAGAAAUCGCCGAAGAAGGUGAAGAAACCAGCCGCUAAAAAGGCAACAAAGAGCCCUAAGAAGGCAAAGAAACCAGCAACUCCUAAGAAAGCAGCGAAGAGCCCGAAAAAGGCAAAGGCAGCCAAACCCAAAACGGCGAAACCUAAAGCAGCCAAGCCUAAAAAGACGGCAGCAAAAAAGAAAUAAAUUAAUUAUUUUUUUCCUUGUUUGGUUUUAUCAAAAAGGCUCUUUUAAGAGCCACCCACUCAUUUAUGGUAAAGAGCAUUAUUUCAUCGGUCUUCUGUCCAGUGAUAGUGCCAUUAGCUUUAGUUAGUGUGAGAGCAAAAUGGCCGCUUUGUUCAUGUGCAAAUGACGUUCGUAUUUUUGUGUCCAAGUGCAUUAUUUCCUUUUAAAAUAAUUUCAUAAAUUUAUCACAUCACACACUUUAUUUUACAAAAUCUACUUAGUUUGAAUUCAUUUUAGUAUAUUUAAACAAUACAUAUUAUUUUAUGUUUUAUCUCAAACCCUAAAAAUGUCAGAU